AUGAGUGUUGAUAUUAACUCUUUCGCUAGUGAAGCCUUAAAAACCAUUAAUAACGAAUUCCCUAAUGUGCUAUUAGCUGAUGGGGUUACUGCAAAUCCAGGAGUCAUACCCGUCUUAGCUAUUGCUCUUCUUGUUAUUUACAUGGGAUUGAUGUUAUCCGUUGGGGUUCCUCUUAAUCAAGGGGAAGUAGUCAACCCGGAUUACAUGUUUUUUCCUGUAGACGAUGAGAUGUCUCACUCUGGUACCGCGGGGGGAAACCCAGAAAUCCUCGAGAUCAAUGAACUCGAUUAA